GGGCGCUAUAACUAAUUAGGCAACAACCAGAAAAAUGGAAGAAUACGCACGUGAACCUUGUCCAUGGAGGAUAGUGGAUGAUUGUGGAGGUGCCUUCUCUAUGGGAUGCAUCGGUGGAGGUGUUGUUCACUCAAUCCUUGGAGCAAGAAAUGCACCGUCUGGUUUCACACAAAGACUGAUCGGAAGUUUUUCAACAGUAAAACACAAAGCACCUAUAGUCGGAGGAAAUUUUGCAGUCUGGGGUGGUCUGUUCUCAACAUUUGACUGUGCGCUGGUUCACAUCCGUAAGAAGGAAGACCCCUGGAACUCCAUCACAAGCGGGGCAUUGACUGGUGCCGUUUUAGCUGCAAGAAAUGGAGCAGUUGCCAUGGCCGGCUCAGCAGCGAUAGGUGGUAUUUUAUUGGCGAUGAUUGAAGGAAUCGGAAUCCUCAUGACAAGAAUGUCUGCUGAUCAGUUCAGACCAGUUAAUCCACAGAUGGAAGACCCCUCUCAGCUUGGCCCCAAGUCCCCGUCCUUCGGCUCAUCAACACAGUACCAAUGAUGAAGAACCAAUGCUCCUGAUCAUGCGUGUACCAUAAGAAAAAUUGAACAGAAAACUGUGAGACAGGAAACAGCAGUCGAACUAGCCAUCGCAUGCUGCAUCAUGGUACCUUUUGAGUAUCCAGCUACUGUUUCAUGACCAACUUUAUAUCCUUGUAGAUAAUUAAAAUAUUGAAGUGAAAUGAUGGUUCCAACAGCUGAUUAGUUUGGACUUUUGUAUAUGUCGGUAUUUGGUGCUCGAUAUGUGGCAUGGUGUCCCCCCCACAAAAAAAAAACACUUGAGAAAGGGGGGGGGGGGUUCUUCUGUACAAGAGGGGAAAAGUGUGUUUUAGAAUGGGACAUGAGGGUUUGCACUCUCUGGCACAUAUGACAUCUUAUGUAUGUCGAGUAUAAAUUUAACUAAAUGCAUAAUAGGUUUAUGUGAUUAAUACAAAAGUUACAGCACAAUUUCCACAAUUUUGGUGAUUUCAACCUCCAUGUUUACAUUCAUUUAGCAUGAGGGUAUUCCAGAGUGCAACACUAAUUAAUCACUGCUCCGCCCAUACUGUCACUUGGCGAUACCAUUUCUGACACCUAGGCCCAAAACCUAAUUAACGAUCUUUCCGUGUCCAGGGACAUUACAAUUUUUAACUUAUUUUAAUGAUUGUUAUGACAGAUUUAAUGAUGUUUUAUGUGCCUGUAUAACUUGUAUUGUUUCCUACUUUGUGACAACAUUGCUUUAGGGAUAAACCCCAAUCUUCAUAUGUAGUGGUGAAACUUGCAGAGCACUAAGAAACUUUCUUUCUUUUUUUAGGGGGGGGUGUGUUUUGGGGAGAGUGCCUGCUAAAUUGGAAAAUGCAGAGACCAAGUUAUCAGUUCGUGUACAAUAUGCUCGUAGCGAAGAUGAUCUUCGUGUCAAUAGAAAUCUGUAAACUCCUGCAAAGGGACAUAAACACAGAGUUUGCAACAGCCAACCUCUCCCAUACAAACAUUGGUGUAAUGUCUACUAUGAUAAUGAAUUGCACAAAUCAACUGAAAAGAUUGUGUUUUAGUAACCAGUCGACAAUACUUGUUCUAGUCAUUGUGAAAUCUUGGUAACUUGUAUACUCCUCUGAGGUUGAUUCACAAGGACCCUUCCUCACUCCCAGCAAAACCCACCACACAAACUGUCGGAAUUUGAUUAUGGUCUUCCUCAUCCCAUGUAUAGAAUGAUCAGUUUACUGACCAGUGCAAUCAUCAGUCCAUCAGAAUCUAACAAAUCAUGCAGUUUGAGGUUGAUGGAUCUUGAGUGGUUAGGGCCGAGUGACACAAUGUUCUAAAAUGCCUAUUGUACAUGUACAUCCAAGUAAUAGUUUCCAAGCACACGCAAAAUUAGGGACAGGCCUAGCCCAGGUUGGACACCUCCAUUGCAUACAACACGACAGACUGUGCAACAGAGAUCGAUGUUCUACCAGGGCUAGGACAGGCCUAUCUAAUAAAAAGAAAAGCGCCAAGCUUUGGUGUUCACGCUUUUUUUAUAUAGUUUAAGGGCAGAUUUGCUGCAGCUGCUACUGAAAGUGUACAUUAUACUUGUAGGAAAGCAGGGCUGUAAUCUGAGGCCCUUUAUUAAUGUGAUUAUUGUAAAUGUACAUCUAUGUUUAAUAAAGAUCUGUAACAAUGUGUUAUAUCGAGUGAAAGCA